CCACACAUUCGAUCUAUGAUCAGAAUAGGAAAGCUUGUAGUGAGCAUCGCGAAAAAGGGCGUUGUAUGACACAAGAAGUAUAUUAUAAAACUAAUUUAGUUUAAAGAACAUAUAUUUGUAGUGCGGUUCUGUAAUCUUACAGUUUAUGGCGCAACAAAAGAGAUAGAUCGAAUUAGUCAGCUGCAAGCUGCGGUAUAGUGUCGGUGUUUGUUACUGAUUUUUUUCUUGUGGUGGCCAACGGGCCAAAAAUGGCGGAGAGGAUGAAGGCGACUGCACCGACGACGUCUCGACCAGUUCCAAUGAAACUUUUUGCUGCUUGGGAAGUUGAUCGUACUGCACCGAAUUGUAUACCAAGAUUAUGUUCCUUGACAUUAACACGUCUGGUUACACUUCGGCCUUUGGGUUCUGAUUUAACAUCCAUCAUAAUUGCUGUAAAAAUGCACAGUUCUAAAAGAACGUUGCGUUCUAAUGAAAUGAUUAUACCAACUGGAGGUAUGUUAGAUACUGAGUUAGAAUUACAAUUUGCUCUUCAAUAUCCACAUUAUCUCAAGAGAGAUGGCAAUAAAUUAUUAAUAUUAUUGCAAAGAAGAAAACGUUAUAAAAAUCGUACAAUGCUCGGAUAUAAGACUCUAGCUGAGGGAGUGAUUAACAUGGCUCAGGUGUUACAGAAACAAAUGGAUCUUGAAUUAGAAUUGAUAUCCGACAAAGCAGAAAAGUAUGGUGGACAUUCUGUGGCUCUAGCACGUGUUAGUGUAAUAGCACUAAGCUCUCAACCAGUUGAUCAUGAUAAAAGACUUACCAAUGAUCCAAAUGAAAGAUUGUGUCCAGAAUAUAGUGACGAGGAAGAAGAAUUCAGUUCGGAGGCUGAAGCUGAAGGUAGUGAUAGUGAACCAACUCUGGAAGUACAUAGACGAAAAAGUCGUGGAAAAAUUCCUACUAAUGCUAGACAAAGAAAUCUCAAACAAAAAUUUAUAGCCCUUUUGAAGAGGUUCAGAGUCUCCGAAGAUUUGGAUCACGAUCAAGAAGAAAUUGGACAAAAACUUUCAGGGGGCGAUAUGGAGAUUGAAGAACUAUUCGACGAACUCGAAGAUUUGUCGGACAGUGGUCCAGAAUUGGAUACUAUGUCUGUCAGUAGUACACCAAAGCCUUCGCUACGGCCUUUUUUCAGUUCCAGUCGAUCUCUUUUAACACCUCCACAUUCAGUAGUAACAAGAGGGGAAGCUGACAACAACACAAUGAGUACCGUAAAUCAACACUACAUUGGAAGUCAACCAGCCAAAGACAAGCAGCAUAUUGGACAUACACCAUCAGCAGAACGUGGCGUCGACAGACAGAGUGACGAUAGUUCAAGGAGGGCAGACAGCGAUUCUCAUCCGGAAAAUUGGACCGAUCAUGAAGCUAAUGAUCCGCCAAGUAUCGUCGCCGGAUCUCCACCAAAGUCAGAACAACCGAAUAAAAAUGAAAGUUCCGACAGGAGAAGUAGACUUUUUACUCGUGAUCGUGGAACACCUGGUAGCAGUAAAUCUAAAAAGCAUAGUCUCAGUGUCGACUUAAAACCAUCUGGUGACUCUAGUAGUUCAGAGCCGAGGAAGGUCCUAGUCGAACAGUUGAGUCGCGUCUUGCCGGAUGACAGUUUACCGGAAGCUGUAUCCCUGAUUUCUUUAGCAGACCCAGGAGGUGCUGUACUUGCUGCAAGACUUCAAGAGAGAAAUCACAAAGUACUUACUACUGCUUCCCCUGCGGAUAUACGUGCCACAUUCACGUGUUUGGUAACAAGGAUACAAAAAUUUUGUAACAGUUCUGCCAAGCCGCCUUCCCCGAUAAAGGUUGUAAUCGCUGGUGGUGAUAGUUUUGUUAACGCAGUGCUACGACAUUAUGUAGAAUUAUUGAGCUUCAAACCUCCCGAUUGGCAAAAUUAUUUAAAGUUUUUGGUUGUACCUCUUGGCUCUAAUACUUUAUCUAAAUAUCUAUCAUCCGUGGAUGCCAAAUAUUCAGUUCUUUUCGGUGACGAAUGGAAAGAAUUACUUGAAAGAGAAGGUGGGGGUGCAAGUGAAGGUGCAGCUAGAGUAUCCGAAUACGUAGCUACAACUAAUACUACUUUACCAUUGCCAAUCGCAGAAGCAAUGGUAACAUAUAGAGAAACUGAUGACAGCAGUCAAAUAUUUAUUCCAUUUGUAAAUGACGUUCGGGUUGGAUGUCCUGACAGUAGUUCUUCCGCGUCAGUCGAUCUUGAAGAAAGCAAUAUUACUAUGUCCGGUUCUCCACCGUCUUUACCUCCUCCAGGAUUAUCGAUGACAAUUCCACCUCCUGGCAGAUUGACUCCACCUAGUAGUCCUAAUGUAGGCCAACCCAUCAGGGAAGGUUGGGAACCUGUAGAAUUGCAAUUGGAUUAUUGGGGCAAACAAACUCAAGGAGAAAAAGGCAAGAAUACGCUCAGGCAAGCUUUUAGGGUGUUACACGUACAAAGACUUCCACCAUUAGGAGAAGCUCCUGGUCAUCAUCUUUCUAUGAAUUAUACGACCAAAGAGAAGAAACAGAAAAUAAUGAGAUUAGGAAAAAAGAAAGAGAAAGAAAAGGAGAAUGAACCGAAAAGUCAAACUGUAGAUGGUGUUACACGUUUGAUAUGUUCGGCAAAAACUCAUAACAUUCCAUUGAGAGUGAGCAUCGAUGGUACUGAAUGGUACAGUGUGAAAUUUUUCCAACUAUCGGCGCAGUGGCAAACGCACAUCAAGACCUUCCCUCUAGCCCUCUUUGAUUAUACUCCUCAGCCACAAAUUUUGAACCCUGUAUGAAAUCUUUCCCUUUUAUCAUUAAUUAAAUUUCCUUAAAUUUGUGUAUUUAAUAUUCCAUGAUGGGGUAACAUUGAGAGACUGUGCUUAAAUAGUAGAAAUAUGCAAUAUCAAUAUAAUAACCAGCAAAUUCUUGGAACUGCCUCGUUAUUAUUAGAGAUUAACCAUUAUGAUUUUUAUGAAUAACUUAUUAAGUGUAGAAAUUAAUUUGAUGCCUCGAUAUUACAAUUAUUUAUAAACUCUAAUUUGAAUUGUUGUAAAUAAUCUUUCGUCAUUUUAUAACGUUUAACUAUCAAGCAUUUGACUAUUAAUCAAAAGAAAAACUAUUAGUUAACAAUAUGGUUGGCAUGACUCAUAUGUUUG